UCCAACAUGUCAGCCUCGCGGUUUCGUUUUAAAUCUUUAAAUAUCCACGCUGUUAUUUGUUUUCAAUUAUUGGUUGGUCGAGUCGGGUGAAUUAUUUGGGAGUCGGUUCGCUUGAAUCGUAAAAAAAGAUUCUAUCCAAAAGAGCAGCAGCUAGUGCCUGAUAGAAAUGCGCUCAUGCCGCAGGAUGACAUUUCGGUGAAUUAGACAUAUAUGUAUUAUACUGUAAAGCCUGUAAACAUGAGAAGUUGGUGACCCGAGCAGAAACGACGAGAAACGGAGAAUCACUGUAUGUUUACAGGUUGUAUAUUUUUCAGGCUCUUCAAUGAGGUUCAGAGGGAACGCUGUAUUUCCAAGCAGCUAUGUCUCCACAUGUCUCCACCGACACCAGGGGUCCGGCCCGGUCCAGCGUGGCCUCCACAGAACUUAUUGCACCCAGCAGCAAAGUCCGAAAGAUGAGCCGAAUAAAGUGACCUCCGUUAAAGAGCACACAGCCUCUGCGUUGUCGUACGCAGGAACCCUGGGAAGGCAGUGGGGGCGAAACGCAGUGAAAACCACGACAGUGACCGUCAACUACUGGUGGGAGCGAUAUGAGGAGUUUGUCGGGCUUAAUGAAGUCCGGGAUGCUCAGUCCAAGGUCACGGAGGCUGAAAAGGCCUUCAUGGUCGCCAGAGGAAUCGUCCGGGAAGCUCACGGCAGUCUGGAGGCUCUCCAAGUCCGGCUGAAGGAAGUGAGGGACCGCUUGGACCGCGUUUCUCGUGAAGAAGCGCAUUAUUUAGAGUUAGCAACACUGGAACAUAAGUUACUGCAGGAAGAACGGCGUCUCAGAACCGCCUAUGAGAACGCCGAAGAAGGCGAGCGAGAGAAGUUUGCGCUCUUUUCCGCUGGCGUGCGAGAGAGCCACGAGAAAGAAAGGACCAGGGCCGAACGGACCAAAAACUGGUCCAUCAUCGGUUCGGUUUUGGGCGCCGUCAUUGGCGUGAUGGGCUCCACUUAUAUAAACCGUGUACGUUUGCAGGAGCUCAAGAGCCUGCUGCUGGAGGCCCAGAAGGGACCGGUGAGUCUGCAGGAGGCCAUCAAGGUCCAAGCCAGCAUGCAUAAAAUGCAACAAGACGAGCUCAGCAAUCUCAUCGAAUCACUCAGGGCGGCUUUAAAAGGCAGCGUAGAUGUGAAAGCGGUCAAACCCGCGUUCGUCCCGCCAGCGGUGGCGGCCGCCUCCGUCGUCCCAGCCUCCAGGGCCUCAGAAGAAGCGCUCCGAGAGAUCCUCCAGCACAGCCAAAGAGCCCAAGGGCUCAUCGAAGGCCUUAAACCGCAGCUGGACCAGCUCGGGGAGAACGUGGGGAAGGUCGAGAACGAGCUGCGAGCCUUCAAGACGACCCUACAGUCACGUCCCGUGGAGAAGCCGGUCAUCCAGACCCGAGACACGCAACUCUUUGUGUGCGAUACGGAGACCGUCGUUCAAGGCCUCGGCCAGACUGAGAAAAGACUGGAGGCGCAGAUUAACAAAACAAGUCAAUACAAUACAGUCUUGACGUGUGCCGCGUUCGCUGUGACCGUGCCAGUUCUGUACAUACUUUUGAGAGGGACUUGAAAAGCAUGCAGGCAGUGUGCGCUUGAGGGGCCAAUUAAUACACCAGAGAAUAAUAUAACUGAAAAGUACAAUUAUUGUCCAAGGUUGUGAAAGAUUGAUUAAAUAUUGUCGGUUCUAAGUA